GUUUUCAUCAUAAACGACUCGACCUUCGCAAAUUACUGGACUCCGUCGACAUAGGAUCCAGUACAGGACGUGCUAUUCUGUUCUGCAUCAAGCAAGUAUCAAGUUCAAUCUCCUGCCUGAAAGGGAAUGAUUACUGCCUGUACAAGUCGUGGCCGACUGCAUUCCAAAUUUAAGUAACCGAGGAACCAGGGAAGGAGCAUUGACCGGAGUGAACAUGAACAACUCAGUGUCUAUUUGCAGGCACUGUUGGCGCAAAUUGCAGAAGGAAAUCAGAGAAAUCGCAGCUGCUGGAGCAGAACAUUGUAACGCUAGACACGGAGGUGAAUUAAAAAGAAAAGGUAGGAAGAGAUUGAAGUUCUUAGAUUCACCUUACGUACAAUUAAGCCUCAUCGUACAGCGAGAGCGGGGGUUGGGGGGAGAGCGCCCUCUACGCUGGCUAAGCUGGCAAAAGGUGAGAUCAGAGAUGUAGGCAGUGUAUGUGAGCGAGCGAAUAAACAAUGUGAGGUGUCAAGAGGCUGGCACGCAACGAAAGCGGGUCAAGAUCGUGGAGUGGGGAGCGUCGUUCGGGCUUGUACAGUGCGGUUGUAAUCGAUUCGUGAUCGUAGAGCGCUGGAUCAUCGAGUUCUGUACAGAUCGGGGAGAAUGCCAAGGCUCGCUCGGUUGAGUGGGCGAUGUCGUAUAAAUGAGGAAUUUUGUGAAUCAGUACUCAUCAUCAUCAUCAUCAUCAUCUUCCGCUUCUCGCCUCCCUCCGUCUUCUCCUUCGAGUCAGAGUUGCUCCACAUCGACGCUCAGUCCUUCCGAUCGGUCGACAGGUGAACUCUACUCGAACGAGAAGCUCUAUCACAAUCUUCUCAUACACCGUUCCAUUUGCUCGACCCUUUUUUUUCUUUCUCUACACUCCGACAGUCAGUCAGAUACGAUGGCCUCAACCAUGCGAUCAGCUUUGGCCAAGGUUUUGGUGGCAGCUGUGGCAGUGUCCAGCGUCGGACUCGCUCUGGCACACGAGGGUCAUGCACACGCCCCCGCCCCAGGCCCCAUGGGAACGUCGGCAGCCUCGGGCUUGUUGCCGGCACCUUUCGUCACCAGCAUGAUCGUUGCAUUCACCGGGUUCGUCGCCGCUCGAUGCCUUUGAUCGAACUUGAGAUUCAGCCGUCAGGGGCCGUCCACUGACAGCUUCGGCAAUGACUGGAAAUUAGCAGAUCUCGGAGCCUUCAAUAUCGGAUCCAGAUAGAAGCAACUUUGUUGGCAAUCUGGAGAUCAUGGGUUUGUCUAGGAAUCACGGUGAUUCUCCUUCGAGCUAUAUCAUUCCAGUAAUAGAUUUGUCAUUGAGCAGUAAUUUCUUUGGCUGAAACAGAAGAAGAGGAAGUUGGGAAAGCUUUCGGAAUGGUGGUAAAGGUCCUUCGGUCUCGAUUGGAGGAACUCUUACCGAGUAGGAAAUGUGACAAUUGGAUUUAGUCAGAAUUGUCCAAUAUUGUACUUCAUAAACUCACAAUAUGAGUAAAAGUCCCUCUGAAGACACUCGCUGAACCUGUUGCGUAAUUCAAGUGGUAGGAUUGUGUUGUAUCACGUAUACCCAUGCGGUUGUGAGCAUUUUAUCAUCGAUGAAAGUGCAUUAAUCGUUGAGGAAAUUUAAGAUGAUUUUUCCGGGUAUGAUGCUGG